GGGCAGUACCCAUGUUGGUGGAGAGGUUGUGAAUUUGGGGCAAAAGAUCCCAGAAAGCUGAUAAUACAUGUCAAUUUUCACAGUUACCACACCAAGCUAAAAUUCAUAGGCUCUCAGUUACGGGCAUUGCACCAUGAUUUGCCGGUAUGUUUGCAGAACAGCCGUAGCUGGCAUCAGUUACCAAAGACUUCGGAGGAGUUUGUUUGCCAUUGGGAGAAUUGUGAUGUUACCUUCAAUAACCCAGUGUGGUUUUAUCAACAUGUUGCUCUUCAUGCCAAUGCUACUGAGGAAGAAACUGUUACAGAUCAGAAGCAAGCUGUUUAUUGUCACUGGAAAGAUUGUUUAGGUGUAUUUAAAGGAAAACAUAAGCUAUGGGAUCAUUUAAGAACCCACACGCAAGAAAGAAUUGUAGCAUGUCCUACCUGUGGACGAAUGUUCUCCAAUAACACUAAGUUUUUUGAUCAUGCAAAGAGACAAGUUUCAGAAGAUAAACAACUAUUUGGUUGCCAGUACUGUCAGAAACGUUUUGCCAAUGAAAGGCUGCUACGAGAUCACAUGAGGGGACAUGUUAAUCAUGUUACAUGUGCCCUUUGUGAUAUGGUAUGCACAAGUGUCUCCUCACUGAAAGCACACAUCAGAUUCCGACACUGCAAUGAACGUCCAUUCCAUUGUCACCUCUGUGACAGCAGUUUUAAGAACGCGUAUGAUCUGCAUAAACAUGUUGAAACACACAAUGAUUCAGAUGCCUACAGCUGUGAUGUUGAAGGAUGUGGUUUUACUUCACGGACUUUACAAACUUUGAGACAGCAUUAUAAAAGAGUGCAUGUGAGUGAUGGCAUUCUGAAAUACAAAUGCCACAUCUGCCAGAAAUGUUUCUCCUGGAGUUAUACAUUGACACUACAUCUUCGAAAAGCUCAUAAACUCAGCAGUCAUUCCCGUUUCAGAUAUAAAGAAGAUGAUGAGGGUCAUAUGAGUUUGAAUUUAGCAGUAUAUAAUGCUGCCGUGGGUUUAGGUCAGGCUCUUAAUAACAAGAUGGUUACACAUAAGUCUUCACCAAGUCAAAAUAGUUUUGGAAGAGAAGGAGGGGACUCUUGCAAAAGAGACACUUCGACAGCAGAAGAACUUUUUGCACAGCUUCAGCCAUGGUCACAAGCUACUGGAGAAAACUUUCUGGUAGAAACAGACACUUCUGUGCCAGGGCCUGUGUAUUCUGAACUUCAAACUGCUGUCCAGCCCUUUGAAAACUGUUUUACUUCUGCUAAAGUUGAUGAAGCAACACCCAUGAAUGUGAGAGAGAAACUAGCAGAAACGGAACUGGGCUUGGGAAUUCAGAUAGCUUUCUAGAAAAAACUGUGAAAGAAGAGGUUCAGAAGAGGUUUAUUUUUUUAAACAAAAUAUGUUUUAAAGUCUUUUAUCUGUGUCAGAUCUUGUAUAUAACACUGUUUUCUCAGCUUUCAUGUUAAAUUAUUCUAAUGUGCUUAGAGAAUACAUGCAAGAUACAAUAUUGUGCACAUAUAAUACUUCCAUUUGUAGCCUUUUGGAGAAGAAACUUUUAAGUUCUGUAUAUUCAUAUAGAAGAUACAUGUGUGCGUGUAUAUUCAUUUUAAAAAUAUAGCCUGUGAGGAAAGCAUGGAGCCAAUGCAUGAGACAAACAGUUUGAAUGGGUAGGUAAAAUGACCCAUUUAUUAUUAGCCCGCUGUGUUGUUUAGUUGAAAUGAGA